AUGGGCAGCUCCUACGUCCUCUUCGGUCUGCUCUACAAGGAUCUCAUCCAGGAGUUCCAGUCUAGCUCGGCAGCUGUCGGAUGGAUCGGCUCCUUGUUCGUUGGCUGUGGAAACAUCAUGGGGAUCGUGUUUGGUUUGGUGGUGGAGAGGAAAGGAAGCAGGCUGGUGUGCAUGUUGGGCUCCUUGAUCUGCUCGGCUGGAUUCUUCCUCUCAUUUUUUGCCAGCAGUUUGUUCCACUUGUAUCUCACGUACGGCCUCAUGGCUGGCAUAGGAAUGUCCAUGAUAGUGACACCGUGCGUCGUCAACGUGAUGAUCUACUUUGAUGAGAAGAGACCGCUAGCUGGUGCUCUGAUGAGUUUUGGCUACUCGAUCGGAUCCGUCCUGGUUGGUCCUGUCAUGAGAUAUAUCUUCGAGCUUGUAUCUUGGAGAGGAUCACUUGUGUUGUUUUCUUGUCUGACCCUUCAAAUGACUCCUGCUUCAUACUUUGCUUUUAGGCCUCAUUUCAAAUUCAACAAAUUAAACGAAAAUGCCAAAAGCAAUCUUAAAAACCCAAUUGUAUCAACAAACUCUGAUAAUGAUAACGAGUCAGAAAUCAACAAAACUAAAAAUUGUACAACCAUCGUUAACUUUGAUGAAUUGAAUGAUAUAAAACAAUUAACUGAGAAACAUUUAAAAACAGCCUCGCUUGUAAAUCUCGCCUCAAUGACGAAUGACACAAAUUUGACCCUCGAUGCAAGACGAAGUACAAGUGUUGCUGACGAUAAAUUUUCAGAUGAAAAUUGUGUCGGUAAAGAAAGUUUUGCAGAACAAUCAGUGGUGCCUCCUGGUGCGACACAGCCCCUUCAGUACAACUUCCAUGAACUUUGUGAUGCAAGCAGUACCGACGACCGCGAAAAUAUCCAGACUGAAACUUUCGGGCAGUUACUUUGCGACGCACCGUUGGUUUGUUAUCUGUUAAGUGUCCUCUUUAUGUACACGGGGAUUCAAGUUUAUAUGAAUCAUACUCCAAGCAGGGGUUGUGUUCUCGGCGUUGACCGAACACUUGUCAAUUAUCUGCCCGUUACGUACAAUGGCGUUUCAGGUUUCAUGAAAAUUGUUAGUGGGUUUAUAUCGAACAGACCAAACAUCAACAGACUUCUAUUGUAUUCGACUGCCGUGUUAGGAGUUGGUGUGGCUCUGAUGUUCACACCGUUCUUUAUUACAUUCCAAACGAUGCUGCUGCAAGGUGUCUUGUGUGGAGUCUUUGCAGGCUUUUUGUUCAGCUUGUUUGUGACGCUGGUCGUUGAUCUGAAGGGGCGUUCAAACGUCACGAAGACAACUCCAAUGGUCAACUUUUCUUUUGGGUCGGCAGGCUUGAUUGGCACCUCAUUGGCAGGCGACUACAACAGCACCUUCCUCAUAACCAGCAGUUUGGUGCUCCUAGCAAGUUUCUUGUCCUUUCUGUCCCUCUUCAUCCACGCUAAAAAAUCAAAAGUUUUAGAGGCUAUCCAAGAACUGUAA